AUGCUUGGAACCCUAAGUGAGGACAAGAAGACCGACUGGCCAAGUUACGUCGCACCAAUGGUUUACGCCUACAACUGCACAAAGCAUGGGUCCACUGGGUACUCGCCAUAUUACCUUAUGUUCGGCCGCCAGCCACGUUUACCUAUCGAUAUCGCACUCGGGUUGGAUCAACUGGACAAGAAGUCUAAACCGUACUCUACCUACGUUGACAACCUUCGGGAUCAACUUGCCCAUGCGUACGACCUCGCGUCUAAGGCCAUACACGAGCGGGCGAAAGGCAACAAGAAGAAUUACGACCAGUACACCAAAGAAAGUUUCCUUAAAGUGGGCGACCAUGUGUUGGUUCGGAACUUGAGCACGAGAGGCAAACACAAGCUGCGAGACCGAUGGGAAGCGAUGCCAUGUGUGGUAGUUCUAAAAGUUGGAAAAUUACCUGUUUAUGCGUUAAACCGAUAGAUGGUGGGAGGGAGAGAGUACUGCAUCGAAACAUACUGCUUCCAUACAGACUCCCCAAGAGUUCACCCCCACCGAAGCAGAAGAAACUUCCAUAUUUACGUCAAAGACCUGCGGCAGCAGAAUGUGAGAGUGACGUUGUUACAGAAGAGAGUGAGACCGAAGAGGAAUUUAUUCCACGCAGUACGACACCCGAUAAUGGAUCACCGCUGGAUCCAACUAUACCAUCGUUCGUUAUGCCAGAAGCCCUUCCGGUAACUGACGAACCAGCACCCGCAAACGACCUGCCAGAAACGGAACCGGCUAUCGAGGCAGAACUUCAUGAAACCCAACAGGAAGAGGUUAACGUUGACGAAAACCAAUCCGUUGCGCGAUCAGGAAGAAUAUCGAAGCCCCCUGAACGAUUGGGCGUUCAACCGGUGUGGAGCAAUAAGGUGGCAGUCCUUUUGUCACUGGUAAACGAUAACAACAGAUCUAGCGUAGAGAACGUGCUAGGAGCCUGGCUUUCAAUGCCAUCUCAACGUCAGACGGUUGUAUAA